CUUCUGCUCUUGCUGGCAAGACAUUUGUCCCUCGCUGGAUGCCGUACCGCUGCGUUACAGCGAGGGAGCGAAAGUUUUGAGAUAUGCGUGUGGUCAUGAAAUGCUGCUGACUUAAUGUACAAAAGAGUGCACACAAUAUAUCUACGUCCACUUUGAAUGUACAUUAUUAAAAAAACACAAAGAUGGACCAAGGCUUAGAAAUGGCAGCCAUGAUUCCUGCUUUGCAGGAACUUGGGAGCGCUCCCCCGGAGGAGUACAACAGUGUUGUCCAGAAACCCAGACAAAUACUCUGCCAGUUUAUUGACAGGAUAUUGACAGACGUAAAUCUGGUUGCCUUAGAAUUGACAAAAAAGAAUGUUCCACAGACCGCCUGCAUGAUGUUGCUUGACUUCAUACAACACAUCAUAAAGUCAUCCCCACUGAUGUUUGGAAACCCUGCCUGCCAAUUCAAGGAUAUGGAAAACAGUUCCACUGAUUUCAGUAAGUGGAUUAUUACUCGACUUCUGAGGAUUGCUGCAGCCCCUAAGUGUGAGACCUUGCAUCAGAAGAUAGCCAGCGUCAUCUGUUCCUUACUGCAGCUGUUUAAAGUUAAAUGCCCUGUUAUAUUCGGAAUGUUGUCAAAGGAACUUUUAGCGCUUCUCCAGGAUCUGAUCUGUUUGAAUAAGCGAAAUGCACGAAGUACUUGCGGCAGAAAGCCUCCUAUGUGGCCUUUUGCUAUUGAGAGAUUUUCAGUGAUCCCAGAAGGUUGCGCCACCUAUUUGACGCCUACAGUCUUUCAGCUGUCAUCAGUGAUUUCUGCUGAAAUGCUCGAAGGCACCGUGCUCACCGUUCUGGCAGACGUCCUUCAUGGCUUUUUUUUUAGAAGAGAGGUCAGCAUUAUUUGGGAGCUGAGCUGCUCUGUUAUGCAGUAUGGAAGCCCUAAAUUAAAGGGGAGAGCCAUGGAACUGAUCUCUCGCGUUGUGGAGCUCGGUGGUUUCCCCGAAGAAAACGCACAUUUUUUCUUCGCGGCUUUUCUCCAGGUGCUGCAUUCCUUCAGUACGGCUGACAAAUCGGCCUUGAAGCUGUUUGAGAAGCAGUUUGCCAGGCUGACCCGGUUAGUGUUUGUACACGAACCGGAGACGCACCGAAAGCUCGAGCGGGUUUACCUGAACGUGGUGUUGGAGAAGCUCCACGAGCUCGUUGUGAACGGGCUGCUGGAAAGGUUUGAGUCGGAGGAAAUCCAGACGGCCCUCCUCGAAAUAUUUCGGUUCGUUCUGGAGUUUGUUCCCCCUGGAUACGAGUCGGCAGAGCAGAUCAGAAAAGAACGCGUUCAUGGCAUCUGCAAAGCCCUGAUCGAGAUGAUUGGAGCUCGGAGGCACCAGGAGUUCCUGGUGAGCUAUUUGUAUGUCGCAUUGAAGAUGGAGGAAAUGAACACUGUUUUGGAAAACCAGUACGCCUCUUCUGACUCGGAUGAAAAUUGUCAAAGCGGCAGUGAGAAACCAGCCAAGAGGCCAUGCUUAUCAUUUUCUCCACUACCUGCUAAAAAUCCCCACAAUUCACUGGUCUGUGACCUGGUGGAGAUGAAGGGGAAGAGCGAGAUCUGGGCUGCCAUUGACAGCAAGCUGGUGGCAAUGGUAUCCUUACUGAAGGACCAGUCCAGACCCGACCCACUCAGCACCUUGGAGGGCGUAGCUGUCAUACUACAUCUGGCUGCCCUUUGCUCUUGUCACUGCUUCUCUCACACCGCAGUCAGAGGUGUGAAGGCCAACGGCUACAGCAGUGCGACGUCGGGGACUCUCAAUCCAUCAUCUAAAGCACAACUGAUCUGGGUCCAUCCUAAGAUGAUGUUCCAGGUUGUAGAGGCUUGCAGGGCCAUGCUGGGAGGUGCCAGCAGUUCAGACGAACUGGGGCUGGCAGCAGACAGAGUUGUGCAGAUCAUUGACGCCAUCCUCUACAUGAAUGUGAGCAGCCAGGGUGACGGGGGUCUUUAUAAGAGCCUCUGCGCUCUGCUGUCAUUGCCAUGGAUAUGGGAGUACUCCACACAGCCUGUAUUUCAAUCAGCGGGCUUUUCCUCCAACCUCAUUGGCUUAAGUCAGAAGCUGUCCAGCAGUUUUUCAUUUCAGGCACAGGCACAUUGUGUGUAUCUGUUGUCUUUACUGCCGAAGAAGACAUGCAGUGACUGGAGGUCAUCAGUGUACCGCUGGGCCCUGCAAAGUAAAAGUGAUGAUGUCCGUGCCAGUGCAGUGAAAGGAUUUCCUUUCCUGCUCCAUCACCUGGGCAUGAAGUCAUAUAGCCUCAUACAUGAGGUUUUGCUAAGUAAACUCCAGGAUAACUCCGUACUGGUGAAGAAAGAACUGGCUGGAAUCACUGGCCAUCUGGCAUGCUGUCUUUCAGAAGCAUCACAGCUCAGGAUCCCGCAUAAGGAACCCACUGGCCAGACCCUCCUCUGCACCUGCAUUACUAUGAACUCGGCCCAUUCCAGGAACGUGACCACAAUCAGCGCUUCCAUUUUCACUCCAUUCCCAGCACUUCUGAAGCCUGAGAUGGACAGUACAGUGAAACUAGCUUUUACAGAAAACAUUCCCCACCUGUGCAGGCAUGUGAACCUCGGAAACUGCGAUCCGGACACAAAGGCCCUUCUAAGCGCUCUUGUCAACCUUAUACAGGAUCCAGAGGAAGAGGUUAGGAUGAUGUUUGCUAAAAAAAUCAAAUACAUGUUGGAAUCCUGGUCCAGCGAAGGCUGUCUCAAAGAGCUGCUUGUAUCCCAAAUAAAAGAAGCUUAUACAAAUUCCAAAACUUCAAGAAAUAAUGAUUUGAAGAAAACACUGAUAUUCACCACGGGAGAAAUCGGAAGAGCUGCCAAAGGAGAUCUUGUAUCUUUUGCUUUACUGCAUCUCCUGCAUUGCCUCUUGUCCAAGUCCACUCUCAUCUCGCUGAUGGCAUACACUGAGAUCAGAGCCCUAGCUGCCUCCAAGGGCUUGAAGCUCAAGCUGUUCUUCAGGCAAUACCAAAACCCUGUCUGCAAGUUCCUGGUGGAGUCUCUGCACUCCAGACAUGCAACAGCUCUCAGCAGCACACCGGACCAGAGCAGCGAGUCUCUGCAGCAAGAGGCCUCCCGUCAGAGAGAGCUAGCUCUUGACAUCCUCUCUCAGGUGGCCCAUGUGUUUGACUUCCCUGAUCUCAAUCACUUCCUCAGUGACACAGUGCAGGAGCUGCUGCCUUACCUGGCUGCCAAAGCCAGCCUGACGGCCUCCGCGCUGAUCCGCACCAUCGCCAAGCAGCUGAAGGUCAACCGCAGGGAGAUCCUCAUCAACAACUUCAAGUUCAUCUUCUCCCACCUGGUCUGUUCCUGUGCUAAGGACGAGCUGGAAAGGGCUUUCCACUAUCUCAAGAACGAGACGGAGAUAGAGCUGGGAAGUCUGCUGAGACAGGAUUUCCAGGGUCUGCACAACGAGUUGCUGCUGCGGCUCGGGGACCACUACCAGCAGGUCUUCAAUGGACUGGCUAUCCUGGCCUCCUUCGCCUCCAGUGAUGACCCCUACCAGGGACCACGGGAUAUUACCACAGCGGAGCUUAUGGCAGACUAUUUACAGCCCAAGCUGUUGGGCAUCCUGGCCUUCUUCAACAGACAGCUACUGAGGUCCAAUCUGGGGGAGAAUGUGAAGAAGAAGAUGGCUUUAAAGAGUUUGGUGGCAUUGAUGAAGCUGAUGGGGCCCAAGCACAUUGGCUCAGUGAGGGUGAAGAUGAUGACCACUCUGAGGACAGGCCUGAGAUACAAAGAUGAUUUUCCAGAGCUCUGUUGCCAGUCCUGGGACUGCUUUGUCCACUGCUUGGAAAAGUCCUAUUUGGGACCUCUUCUCAGCCACGUGAUUGUGGCUCUGCUGCCUCUCAUCCCCAUUCAGCCCAAAGAGGCAGCUGUAAUACUUCAUUAUCUUAUUGUUGAAAACAGGGAUGAGGUACAAGAUUUUCUGCAUGAGAUCUAUUUUUUGCCCGACCAUCCUGAAUUGAAAGAGAUCCAUAAAGUUCUACAGGACUACAGGGAGCAAACCUUAAAGAGUACAGACUUGCAGACUGCUCUUAAACUCUCUAUGAGAGCCAUCCAGCAUGAAAAUGUUGAUGUGCGCAUUCACGCUCUCACCAGUCUGAAGGAGAUGAUGUACAAGAACCAGGAGAAGCUGCUGAAGUACGUGAUGGACAGCGAGACGGUGGAGCCCAUCAUCUCCUCGCUGGUGACGGUGCUGCUGAGGAGCUGCCAGGAUGUCUGCCCGCAGGCCCAGCUGCUGUGCGGGGAGUGCCUGGGGGAGCUCGGAGCCAUCGACCCCGGGCGCCUGGACCUGUCUACCGCCGAGACGCAGCGCAAGGGCUCCACCUUCGUGAGUGGAGUGGAUGAUCCCAAUUUUGCUUUUGAGCUGCUGAGAGACCUGACUGGUUUCUUUCUUGCAAAAUCAGGUGAAUCUGAGGCCCAGGACGCAGCAGCCUACGCUAUGCAGGAGCUCCUUGCCAUAUAUGAAUGCCAAGAAGGUGCAAGUGACAGUCCAGGAAGAAGACUCUGGAGGCGUUUUCCAGAGCAGGUUCAAGAAAUAUUGGAACCACAUCUCAACACCAGAUAUAAAGGUUGUGAGAAGGAGCUGAAAUUCAAAUUGGACAAGCCUAUCUACUUAAGUAAGCGUGGGAACAGCUUUGCACAGUGGUCUGCGACAUGGGCAGAUUAUCUGAUAUCAAAGAUCAAGCAUGGACGUGCAAGCAAGAUUUUCAGUUGUUGCGGUUAUGUGAUCAAGUAUGACUACACAAUGACCAUAUACCUCCUUCCACACAUAUUGGUGUACGUGCUUCUGCAGUGCUCGCAGGAGGAGCAGCAGGAGGUGUAUGAUGAAAUAAUGGCAGUUCUGGAUGAAGGUGAUUCUCGCAUUGCCCAGCUGCAGGAGAAUGAUUCGGGGUUAAGUCAGCUGAGCACUCAGACAGUGUUCUCCAUGCUUGACCACCUCACACAAUGGGCCAGACACAAGUCCCAGGCUCUGAACCCCAAAAAGUCUGCUGGACAUUCCAGCAGAGACCAUGGACAGCUAAGUGUGUCUGACACAGAGAACCGAGAGUAUGAGAAUGUGGUUUCCUUCUUAAACCGUAUACCUCAGGACGUCCUGGCUAAAGCUGCUUUCCGCUCAAAAGCCUACACUCGGGCUGUCAUGUACUUCGAAUCCUUCAUCAUCGAGAAGAAGGAAAAUAUACACAAUCAUCUUACCUUCCUGCAGACACUCUAUGCAGCUAUGCAUGAGCCUGACGGGGUGAGAGGAGUGAAUGCCCUUCGGAAAGAGGAGCCUUCUCUGAGAGAGCAGAUUCUCGAGCACGAGAGCAUCGGGCUCCUGCAUGAUGCCACUGCCUGCUACGACAGAGCAAUUCAGCUGGAGCCGGACCAGAUAGUUCAUUAUCAUGGGGUAAUGAAGUCUAUGCUUGGACUGGGGCAGCUAUCUACAGCUAUUACUCAAGUCAAUGGAGUGCUUGCUAACAGACCUCAGUGGAAGUCUGAGCUGAACCAAUACAGAGUUGAAGCAGCCUGGAAACUAACACAGUGGGAUUUGCUGGAGGAUUAUCUGGCUUCAGAUCAGAAAUCCAGCACUUGGAGUGUGAGAUUUGGUCAGUUGUUGCUUGCAGCCAAAAAACAGGAUGCUGAAACAUUUUAUGAAAAGCUCAAAAUAGUCAGAAGAGAGCAGGUUGUUCCAUUGUCUGCAGCAAGCUUUGAAUGCGGGACGUAUCAGAGGGGAUACGAGUAUAUUAUUAGGUUACAUAUGCUGUGUGAACUGGAGCAUGCUUUCAUGGAGCAGCAGAAAGACAGUUCCAAGCAGAAGGAUCACACACUCAACUGGCAGGCCCGUCUGGAGAUGACCCAGAAUUCCUUCCGGGCCAAGGAGCCAAUCAUUGCUCUGCGUCGAGCCCUGCUCAGCUUCAAUAAGCAGCGCGGUUAUGAGGAACUGGUAGGAGAGUGCUGGCUACAGAGCGCCCGAGUGGCCAGGAAAGCAGGGCGUCACCAGACGGCCUACAAUGCUCUCCUCAAUGCUGAACACUCUAGACUAUCAGAGUUCUACAUGGAGAAAGCAAAAUGUCAUUGGUCCAAGGGUGAUGUCCAUCUAGCCCUGAUCGUUUUGCAGAAGGGAGUACAGCAGUGUUUUCCUGAAGGUGACGAUGAAUCAGCGCUUGAUUCAAAAAGCACACAGAUCAAGGGCAAGGCAAUGCUUCUGGUGGGACGGUUCAUGGAGGAAACGGCCAACUUCGAAAGCAAUGCAAUUAUGAAAGUAUUUAAGGAUGUUACCACUCUUUUGCCAGAAUGGGAAGAUGGGAAUUUCUAUCUGGCGAAAUACUACGAUAAACUGAUGCCAAUGAUUACAGACAACAAAAUGGAGAAGCAAGGAAAUGUGAUUCGUUACAUUGUCACCUUUUUUGGCAAGGCUUUGCAGUUCGGGAAUCAGUACAUCUACCAAGCAAUGCCAAGAAUGCUUUCCCUAUGGCUAGACUUCGGUGCAAAGGUUUCCGAAUGGGUGAAAGCUGGCCGUGCCGACCGCAACCAAAUGUGCUCCGAACUCGCACAGAUUAACUCGGUGAUCACAGAACACACCAAGAAACUGGCACCGUACCAGUUUCUGACCGCCUUCUCUCAGCUGAUUUCCCGCAUCUGCCACUCCAAUAACGACGUCUUCACGGUGCUGUUGGACAUCAUUGUCAAAGUGUUUCUGGCUUACCCACAGCAGGCCAUGUGGAUGAUGACUGCGGUUUCUAAGUCUUCUUUUCCAAUGCGUGUCACCAGAUGCAAAGAAAUCUUCAGAAAGGCGAUUGUCUUGAAGGACUCCCUGGAGAAAUUUAUAGAAGAUGCCACUAAGCUGACUGACAAACUGGUGGAGCUAAGCAACAAACCGGUUGAUGGUAACAGCACCACCCUCAGCAUGGGCAUCCACUUCAAAAUGCUGAAGAGGCUGGUGGAGGAGCCCACGUUCAGCGAGAUCCUUAUUCCGCUACAGUCUGUGAUGAUGCCCACUCUGCCAUCGACUGCUGGGGCCAACGCAGAGCAUGACCCUUUCCCCGGCCACUGGGUGUACCUUGCAGGCUUCGAUGAUACGGUCGAGAUCCUGGCCUCUCUCCAGAAGCCAAAGAAGAUCUCGCUGAAAGGCUCAGAUGGGAAGUUCUACACAAUGAUGUGCAAACCCAAAGAUGAUCUGAGGAAGGACUGCAGGCUUAUGGAGUUCAAUUGCCUCAUUAACAAGUGUCUGAGGAAAGAUGCAGAGUCCAGGAGGAGAGAGCUGCACAUCAGGACCUAUGCUGUCAUCCCCUUGAACGAGGAAUGUGGGAUUAUUGAGUGGGUGAACAAUACAGCAGGGCUGAGGCACAUCCUCAACAAAUUGUACAAAGAAAAAGGCAUUUACUUAAGUGGAAAGGAGUUACGCAAGUACAUGUUGCCAAAAUCUGCCCCCUUUAUGGAAAAAUUGAAACUGCACAAAAAUGUUCUCGUUCCCCGACACCCUCCAGUCUUUUAUGAGUGGUUCCUUAGAACGUUCCCUGAUCCUACUUCAUGGUACAGCAGUAGAUCUGCAUAUUGCCGCUCCAUUGCUGUGAUGUCAAUGGUGGGCUACAUCCUGGGACUUGGGGAUCGACAUGGAGAAAACAUCCUGUUUGACUCUUUAACAGGAGAAUGUGUGCAUGUGGACUUCAACUGUCUCUUUAAUAAGGGUGAAACAUUUGAAGUCCCAGAAGUAGUGCCUUUCCGACUGACACAGAAUAUGGUUCACGCCAUGGGCCCCAUGGGAACUGAGGGUCUGUUCCGCCAAGCCUGCGAGGUCACCCUCCGACUAAUGCGGGAUCAGAGGGAGCCGUUAAUGAGUGUCUUGAAGACCUUCCUUCAUGAUCCGUUGGUGGAGUGGAGUAAACCUGUUAAGGGAGGUACAAAAGCCCACGUCAAUGAAUCCGGAGAAAUCCUUAAUGAAAAGGCGAAGACCCAUGUCCUUGAUAUAGAGCAGAGGCUGCAGGGGGUUAUCAAGAACAGGAACAAGGUGAUGGGUUUGCCUCUAUCCAUUGAAGGCCAUGUUCACUACCUCAUCGAUGAAGCCACAAAUGAGAAACUGCUGUGUCUCAUGUACCUGGGCUGGGCUCCCUACCUGUGACCAUGUUUGGUGUCUCAAAUAAGCACUUAUUAUUCAGGGCAAAUUCAUUCCUCACUUUCUUUUAUUAAAAACAUUUAUGUUUCUA